AUGGGACUUGCUAGAGAAGGUGUUCACGAAUGUGGUGAAAAAGCAGGACGACAAGUACCGGUUUCUGAAGCGCAGCAACGAGACGCUGAAGCGACUGAUUUUCACCUCGAUUCCCAUGAUGCGAAUCCUAACCGUCCUAGGCUUUGUGGCGGACCCCUCCGUAGGGCUAACCCUGCCGGUGAAGAAAGUUCCCCGGGUAGCGCGCGUGUUUCAGCAAUGGAAAAGUCGGCUGUCGGAGUUUCGGGAAAAGGCCGAGGACACGCUGCUCCUCGCAAGCAAAUCCACACUCGUGGCUUCAUCGUCCAAGGAAACUAUGCGGCCUCAGGGAGGAGCAGUUAUGCCGACCGGAGCGAGCGCACCAAGCAAUGGUGCGCUAGUACCGCGAGGAAGUGUUGGAACAACCAGUAG